CACGCGACCUGCUCAGAUGCACGUGAAGAACCCUAAAACAGAAUGCUUCUUUCAGAAGUCAGCCACUAUCCACAUGAAUGAAGGAGUGAGAACACCCGGGAGCUCUUUACGGUAAAACCGAAGUCCAGCUUUUAAAAUCAAACAGAAACUCCACCCGCUGCUUAAUUUCUGGGAGCAAAAUUUUGCCGCCGCUUUGUCUUCUUUCGUAUCCUUUCCUGACGGCACAGCCUCGCCCAGUCAGCCUGCUGGAAAGGGAAAAGCGAGGCUGGCUCCAGACGGCUCCAGGAGCUCCGCGGAAGGGAAGAGGCGGAGCGGGAGGCGGAGGGAGCAGGGAUCCUUGGCCGAAGGAAGGAAGAUGGCGGGGCAGGCGCCGACUGGAUGUUGCUGAGGGGCCGCUGCGAGGCUGAGCUGCCCACGGAGGACGAAAGGAAGGAAGGAAGGAAGGAAGGAAGGGCGGGAAUUGCACGGUGGCGGCCUGCGGCGCAGCGCCCUCUUCCUCGGCCGGAGGAGGGGUGGGCUUCGAGGCACAGCAGCCGGCAGCGGCUGCAGCGAGGCUAAUCCCGGGGCCCGACCAGGGGUGGAGGCGCGAAAGCGCGAGGAUGAUGCGCCCGGCGCGGCGGCGCUGCUGCAGCCGAAGCCGCCCCACGUCCGCUCCACCAGCCCGGGCCGCUCGCUAGCCAGGGCUGGAGGCGGCGCAGGACUGCCGGGGCCCCGCGGCCGAGGAGGGGUUGCCGGAGGGAGCGCGCGUGCCGCCCAAGCUGCGGCCCGGGAGCGGCGGCGGGGUGGCCAUGCCGUGGCUCAGCGGAGGGCGCAGGAGGCGGCGGCAGCAGCAGCAGCAGCAACAAGCGGCGGCGGUGAUGGGGCAAGGGAUGGGGCAGUCGCCGGUCGGGACCGGAGGCGGCGGCGGCGGGCCGCGAGGCCGGGAGAGCUCGGAGCUGCCUCUGCCCGCGGGCUGGGAGGAGGCGAGGGACUAUGACGGGCGCGUCUUCUACAUCGAUCACAACACCCGGCAGACUUCGUGGAUCGACCCGCGAGACAGGAUUACGAAGCCUUUAACUUUUGCUGACUGCGUAGGCGAUGAGCUGCCUUUAGGAUGGGAAACUGUUUAUGAUCAACAGAUUGGUAUUUAUUACAUGGACCAUAUAAAUCAACUGACACAAAUUGAGGACCCAAGAGAGCAGUGGAGAAGAGAGCAAGAGCGAAUGUUAAAAGAAUAUUUAAUUGUUGCCCAGGAGGCACUUAAUGCCAAAAAGGAAAUUUACCAAAUUAAGCAGCAACGUUUUGAGCUAGCACAAGAAGAAUACCAGCAGUUGCAUAAAAUGUGUGAGGAUGACAGUCGUUCUUAUACAAGCUCAUUCUCUGGAUUUUCAACCAAUACCAAAUAUGACCCCUGCCAGAUUAAAGCAGAAAUAGCAAGUCGACGUGACAGACUUUCUAGGUUAAAAAGAGAAUUGGCACAGAUGAAACAAGAGCUGCAGUACAAAGAGAAAGGAGUGGAGACAUUGCAAGAGAUUGAUCGUAAGAUAUCAAAUGCCCAUAUGAAAUAUAAAUUGGAUGAAGCUCAAGCAAUAAUGAAUGAACUCCGAACCAUCAGGAAAUCUAUUUGUAUAGGUGAGAGAGAGAGGCAAGACCUAAUGCAGAGUCUAGCCAAGCUGACAGAGGGAUUCAGGAAUAGUUGUUGUAUUACAGAAUCUCUGCAAGAUCUUCAGUAUAAUUCUAGCUCACACACUGACUCCUGUUUACCUCAGCAACAAUGUGAUGCUUGUUCUCAAACUGACAUCAUUGGGGAGUUUGGAUUUGAUGAUAAAACAAGGCUUAGUGAUGGAGAAAGAUUGACUAUACAGUAUGAAGAGGCCCAAAAGAGGGUUUCCAAUAUACAGCAGCAGUUGGCCCUCUUAGAUAAUGAAUCCUGGCCAGGGAUGGCAGAGGCGGACAGGGAUCGUCUUCAGCUCAUCAGAGAGAAGGAGGCUCUCCUACAAGAUCUGCAGCUCAUCAGUCAGCAGCGGCGGUCCCCUGAAGACAUCGAACGCCUAGAGGAUGAAAAAAGGCGUUUGGAGGAUGAGAUCCAGCAGGCGAGGGCCAGCUCUUCUCAUGGUGCUGCUGAAAGUCGCAAAGGGCUAUCCCUGGGCUAUUCUGCAGUCACCAACAAAGCUGUUGACAGGCAGACAGGCAGGCCCCCUUCUCUGAGGCUGCUGGGCCAUAGGCCCAUCUGGCAGCUGCUCACGAUCUGGUGGUUUCGGGCGCCGUGGGUCCUGGCAUCCAGCGCCGGAAUAUCGCCAACCAGCAGGGGCUCUCUUAGCUCUGUCAGCUUCACAGACAUCUAUGGUCUUCCUCAGUAUGAGAAAUCAGACAGUGUUAUUGACUACGGGCAGCACAUGCGAUUUGAUGCAAUUCCAUUUGAUUGUUCCAGUAAAGACAUACAGUAUGUUGACUCCAUUGGACCUUCUAGUUUCAAUAAACAGAGAAGAUCUUUGGAUACACCUCUGUCACUGGCAUCCCUCUCAUCACGGUCCUCUCUGUCCUCAUUGUCUCCUCCAAGCUCCCCCCUGGAUACUCCCUUCCUCCCUACUUCUCGGGAUUCCCCAUUGGCUCAAAAGUCAGAAGGAUAUGAGGAAAUGAUGGGCACAGGGCCUUUAGAUGUGCUUCGAGCUCAUAUUUCUGUUUUGGGUGAAGACAAAUCACAAGAAACAGUGUCAUCUAAGGCUCAUGACAGUUUCCCAGACAAUGAAGGGCUGCAGCUGGCAAACAUUCCAACCUCUGGAGUUGCUACAAUCUAAACAUGAAGUCAGCGAUAUAUGUUGGAGAGGAGAGCCAGGCGAGUCUCAGCAUGUCUGUCCAAUUAUUCACUGGCUAGUGACAGUGGCGUGUUUGAAGCUUUGAGCAAAAGGAAUGAGGAUAUUGAAGAAUCACUAUACAGUGAUGCAGUCAGUGAAGAGCCCAAAAUGCAAGUUGGAUUUCUCCAUGACAGUGGAAGUGAGUGCCUGCUGGUCCAUGUGCUACAACUAAUGAAUUUUACUGGUCUUGCUGUGAAGGAGGGCUGCAAAAUACGUGUAAGAAUAUAUUUACCAUCUCUUGAGUCUGGCUCUCCAACCACUCAUUGUUCUAGAGCUUUGGAAUUCCAAACUCCCUUAAUAUUUAAUGAAGUCUUCCAAAUCCCUGUUCAUUCAAGUAUCCUGAAGCUAAAAUCGCUACAGCUUUAUAUCUGUUCAGUUGGCCAGCAGCAACAAGAAGAAUUGUUGGGCAUUGCUCAGAUCAGCCUAGCCGGCUUUGAGAGUUUGCGUGAGAUGCAGCUUGACUGGUAUCCUAUCCAAAUCUUCAGUGGCUCAGAUGGUCAGCUGACUAAGGACAGUUCCAAAAGUGAAGAAAGUACUUCUCGUUCUGAAAACAAAACUACAGUGAAAAUGGAUGCUGUGACUGCGCUGUUAGCUAAGACCAAAGCUCAACUGAAAGCUGUAGAAAGAGAACUGGCAAAGGAGACAGUGAAACUGGAAUACACAGAAGAGGAAUUAUUAGAGAUGGAACAAAAGGAAGAUCAGGUGGAAGCUGUAUCAGAGAGGAGUUGGCAAGCAGAAUCUGUUGACAGUGGCUGUAGUAAUUGCACACAGACCAGUCCUCAUUAUCCAGAGGCUUAUUGUGGUGAAACAUUACAUAUGUUUGCAGCUCAGACUGAUGAAUAUACCUCUGGAAAAGUCCAGCCUCCUCCUCUAAAGGUGGAUAAGGAAACCAACACAGAAGAUCUCUUCCCAGAAGAAAUGGCUUUGCUUCACAAAAGCAGAACUGGCCGUCGAUCUCGAGGAUCUGCAUUUGUUCGCAGUAGCACUAUUGUUCGCUCACAGACAUUCUCUCCUGGUGCACGAAAUCAGUAUGUUUGUCGACUGUACCGUAGCGACAGUGACAGUUCAACCUUACCUAGAAAGUCACCCUUCAUCAGAAAUACUUUGGAAAGGCGAACGCUGCGUUAUAAGCAGCAGUCCUGCAGGUCAUCUUUGGCAGACCUCAUGGAAAGGACAUCGCUAGACCUGGAGCUGGAUCUCCAGGCCAUCAGAACAAAGCAGAGGCAGCUGAAUGAAGACAUAUGCACUCUGAGAGAGCUGCAGCAGCGGCUGGAGGAUGCUCAGCGAAGAGGGCAAACUGACCUGCCUCACUGGGUCCUUCGGGACGACCGAUUCAGAAAUUUGCUGAGGGAAGCAGAGAGGCAGACAAGACAGACCAAAUUUGAGCAUCGUCAACAACAGGCAGCUGAAAAAUUGCUCAAGAAGGCAUCCAAAGAAGUGUACCAGCUACGUGGUCAAAACCAGAAAGAACCUAUUCAGGUGCAGACCUUUCGGGAGAAGAUGGCAUUCUUUACAAGGCCAAGGAUCAAUAUACCUCCUCUGCCAGCUGAUGAUGUAUGACGUGUUUACUUUGUAAACAUGAAGUAUUCUCUGCUUGUUCUUAAGAUGAAGUUACUAGGCUAGUUAAAUUUAUUUUGUAAAAUUGUUGUGCAAAGACUAUUAAUAUACACAUUUUGUAAAAAAAAAUAAAAGUAAACAAAAACACAUAUAUAAAUAUAUACAUAUAUAUUUUAUAAUAGUGACUACGACAAGGCUUGGUUUUUCCUUGUUGUGAAAUUGACAUCUUUGAUGACAACUUAUUUUAUAUGAGAAAAAUCAACUAUCCUGUUAGAGCAUGUACAGUUUUUAUGCCAUUUUAUUUGACUUAAGAGGCUGGAAGACAAGGUAAAACAAAAGCUUGAGAGUCUCAGUGCAAAAUCUCACUUUCGGUAUUGUAAUUUUAGAUUUCUAUAGUAACUCUAUUUUCCUUUCCCUUUUGUAACAUGGAACAAAGCAAUGAUCUUACUUUAAGAUGUAUUUUAAAGACUGAAAUUUUGUUACUCAGUAUUUGUCAUACAGUAGAAUGGAACCAUUGAGCUGGUUUUGUUUCUGAAGCUGAAAUGAAAAUACUAUGUUCUCUAUUUGUCACUUUUUAAUCAGCUUUGCUGUCUGUAUCCUAUAUUGUACCAUGUAUCUUUGGCACUGUCUAGAAUCAAAAUAUCACCUGCAGUGUUGAUUUUUUUAAAAAAAAGUCAAUUAAAACACCAUUAAACAUUGCACAGUGAACCUAUAUUUUCUUAUCCUUCAUUAGUAGAUUGUUCUAAUUUCAGUGGUGCCAAAUAUGUCUGUUAUGACUUUAACAUGUUGGGGGUUUUUUUGUGUUUAACGAGGGAAGGAACAAGGUGACAGGUCUCUAUUUAGCUGCUUUAGGAAAGGGGCUUGUGAGCUUACUGUAUUAAUGAGUAAUAUAGUAUAAAUAGAAUUUUUUUAAUGCAUAUGUUACAGAAAUCAUUUAGUCCAGAUUCAGGAAAUCAUCCCAGUUAUCAAAGAACUACUCACUUCCUUAUUCCUAAGUCUUACAUUCCAAGCUUUUUACGUUCAGUGGAAUAUUGCUUUCUUAAAAGUAUGGUUCAAAAAAAUGGUUUUGCAUCUGAUGCUUAAUCUUACUUCACUAGUAAAGUGGGGCCCAUUUCAUAUAGUGUGGAUAGAACACAAACAACAACUUGUUUGGAAAAGCAUGAUAAAAAUAAUGUGGCUUUUCGCUGUGAUUUACCUGAGGCCAGAGCUUUGUCUACUCUGCAGAAUAAUUCAGUUUUUGUUCUAGUCCUUUUUGAUUCCUGAGCCUUAGCAGAAAAUCAUUUGUAUUUUUUCAGUGUUUUUCUGAUUACUGUUUACCAGAAACCUGCUGGGUUUUUGUUUUUUUGUUAUUGCUUGGAAUGAAAACCAGGGCUUUUCAGAAUUAAACAAAUGCUGCUAUUCAAAUUCUAUUAUGUGGAGUGCUUUUACAAUCUGUCAAAUAUAAACCAAAGUACUAGUUGUGAAUUUGUUUAUUUUAAACUUGUUACUAGUUCUUCAAUUUGUUAAUUUCUAUUUUAUAUUUUUCUUCUAUAUCACUCAUUUGACAUGGUAAUCCUCAUUUUCAUUGGCUGGUAGCUUUUUCUGGCCUUACAUUUCAUGCAUGUUUUUAAGGACAUUGCCAUUUUUCUAACACUAAUAAUGGAUUAAUCUCUUUGGAUGGUCCAUGGCCUGGAACCAGUGUAGAUCCUACUUUGUUUCAGUAGUGGCCCUGAAGGUUUACUUAUUUCAGACCAAAGUUGGUGUUGGGGGGGGGUUCAAGGAAACGCAACAGGAAGAGAAAGCAAGAAAGUCCACAGAUGAUUGGAUGCUCACCCCUGCUAAAAUUCCUUUAUUGGUAAAAUGGCAGUAUGUACUAAAAUUCAGACAUUAAAUGUCCCCUUAGAUCAGUUCUUCAGUUGGGCUUCUUAGCUUUAAAGAAAAAGUUCCCUUAGCCUGUGCAACCAUUGCUUGUACUUUUUUGUUAAAGUUUAUUAACAUUGAACUGUCACCUUAAAUUCCUGAAAGUGCCACUUUUUGUGUCUUGCAAGUGUAUGAAAGUGUUAUGCUAUUAUAUUCAGCUUCAGUUUUCCAAAGAAUCAUGUCCUACAAAAAUGAGCCUACUUUUUUGUAAAAUCUAUACAGUUUUUAUGUAGGACACCAUCAAGUCAAACUUGUUUUUACUUACUGACUGAUACCAAAGAAAGUAAUCAGUGUGUCAGAAACAAAUCCACAUUCCCUGUAGUCUUUGGAACACAAACAUAGUGUUACAUUUAUGCAAACUAUUAAACCUUCAUUGUCAUAUUGUGAUAGUGAUUAAGCAAAAUAUGCUGCAUAUAAUUAUAAUUCAGAUAAUGUCUGAAUAUGUUAAAUUAACAUGAAAUUGGGUUUUGUGAAUCACAUCUCUGUCUUUAUCUGAUUGAAAAACUUGCAACGUAAUCAAUGAAAAUAAAAAUGUUUGGCAUUGAAAUUAAUGUCUGUUCUACUGCAUUUCUUUGGUGUGUUAAAUAUUGAUCCCAGAAUAUUAAAAGCUAGCAGGAAUAAAUUGUUCAAACUGGGUUGGAAGCCUAAAGGAAAAUAACAUUAUUUUCAGUAGUUAGGAGGGAUGAAAAUAAUUUGUUUACAAUGGCUGCCAUUUUAAUUGUCAGUAUUUACCAAAAGUAAUCAGGGAAAUGGUCUUGAGUUAUUGCAUUCUUGUACAGGGUAAUCCUUGAUCUGUUGGAAUUAAGUUUCAGCAACUUUGAUGCUCUUUUGGAAUGUAGUAAUGGAAGCUUUUCCUAUUUUGUUUUUCAAUGUCUAGAUAUAUAAUUAGUGCAUAUACAAAGCAAUUUUCAUCAUCAUUAUACUUGUGUGUGAUGACCACAAUUUGUUUAAACAUUUUGACAUUUUUUUUGCAAAAGUUUGCAAUCAGCUUUUGUUUGUGAAUGUAUGUUAAGUCAAAUGGUAUAGGUGGAACUCUGCCUACUUUUGGAACUCCCUGUUGGAAAGUGUUGCUGGGUUAUUUAGUGAUGGUCACUGUGCAGUGUUUCUAGUGUUAAGGGAGGACAAGAGUUUGACUGUCAAAAUGAAUACUAUUUUAGUGUGUUAAAAAUAAUAUACUUUUCAGUAUUCAUUUCUUGUUUGUCACAGUUUCUGAUUGUGUAUUCUGCAAAAAUAAAAAAAUUCUUGUCAUAAA